GAACCUGUACCUCCACCUGCUCCUGCUCCUGCCCGACCUCCCCCAAAGCAUGGCCUUCGAUACAGAAACCUUGACGAAGCAAUGGAAGCACUCGACACAGAUGGCAUUCCCCACGACUAUCCAGUUCCUCCAUAUGACGCCACAUUUCCCCAGAACCCAACGGACCGAGCCGCCUACAUCCGCCGGCUUUUCGAUGCCUUUGUCGACAUAGACUCGUGUAUUGACCGCGAAGACACCGAUGCUUUCGUCACCCGGUGGCAGGGAAUCCCCAACAACACAUCAUGCUACAGCCGAGGAGAUGUCGAAACAUGCUGCCAUCUACUCCUCGAGAUGGCCAUGGACCUACACACGAAGGGUCCACGUAGUCUCAACAUCUUCGACACGGGAAAAUUAGAGCAAGUGCACAAGUACCAUGGCUUUACCUUUGCGCAGCGGAUCGACAGUAUCUGUAAACUGUUAAGACUGAGUAAAGUCCGGUGUCAGUUGCUGCUGCGGUUUGAGGGCUUGGAAGUCGCGGUUGGAAUCCCGCCUUUGUUGGUUGCGCAGGUUAGGAUGAAUCUCAAGCAGAAUACAAAGAGGCGGGGUGCUGUG